AGCAGAAGGGGAGGGGUAGGCGGGUAGUGGUACCACUGAAAAAAUAGACCAUCACUUCCCGCCUCUUUCACCCUAAUCUCCUUUUCCCAAUUCCCAACCAUGGCCGACAAGAAGAAGAAACGCCGCCGUACCGAGCCAACCUCCGACGACGACGACUCCCUCCCAUUCAAGAACAUUCUCAAACCCGACUCCUCCAUCCUCCGCUCCAUCCACAAACUCACCGCCUCCCUCCGCUCCUCCUCCGCCGCCUCCUCGUCGUCCUCCUCCAAAGCCCUAACCCUAGCCGACCUCUCCAUCUCCUCCUGCCGCGAGGUCCGCGAACUCCCCAUCUCCUCCGUCCAGUCCGAGAUCGAAUCCCUCAUGCUCAAAGUCCUCCACUCCAUCCUCGACGGCAAGGGCUUCGCCUUCGACGUCCCCUCACGCGCCGCCGCCAACCAGCUCUACGUCCCCGAACUCGACCGAAUCGUCCUCAAAGACAAAUCCUCCCUCCGGCCCUACGCUAACGUCUCCACCGUCCGCAAGGCCACCGUCACCGCCCGGAUCCUCCAGCUCAUCCACGAGCUCACCAUCAAGGACAUCCACGUCACCAAGCGUGACCUCUUCUACACCGACGUCAAGCUCUUCCAGGACCAGUCCCAGUCCGAUACCAUCCUCGACGAUGUGUCGUGUAUGAUCGGCUGCACCAGGUCCAGCUUGAACGUCGUCGCGGCGGAGAAAGGGGUGGUUGUCGGCCGUCUGAUCUUCAGUGACGACGGCGAUGUGAUCGAUUGUACUAAGAUGGGGAUGGGCGGGAAAGCUAUCCCGCCGAAUAUAAACAGAGUUGGUGAUAUGCAGAGUGAUGCAUUGUUCAUCUUGCUUGUUGAGAAAGAUGCUGCUUAUAUGAGAUUGGCCGAGGAUCGGUUCUAUAAUCGGUUUCCUUGCAUCAUUGUGACUGCUAAGGGCCAGCCGGAUGUCGCAACCAGGCUGUUCUUGAGGAAGAUGAAGAUGGAAUUGAAGCUUCCUGUGUUGGCAUUGGUGGAUAGUGAUCCUUACGGGCUGAAGAUUUUGUCCGUGUAUGGCUGUGGUUCGAAGAAUAUGUCAUAUGAUAGUGCUAACUUGACCACGCCGGAUAUUAAGUGGUUGGGGAUCAGGCCGAGUGAUUUGGAUAAGUACAAGAUACCGGAGCAGUGCAGGUUGCCUAUGACUGACCAGGAUAUUAAGACAGGGAAGGAUAUGUUGGAGGAGGAUUUUGUUAAAAAGAAUCCGAAAUGGGUUGAGGAGCUGACUCUGAUGGUGAAGAGUAGGCAGAAGGCAGAAAUUCAGGCUUUGAGCAAUUUUGGUUUUCAAUACUUGUCCGAGGUGUAUUUGCCCCUCAAACUUCAAGAGGAGGAUUGGAUAUGAAUGGUUUUGGCUGGAGUUUGGAGGCCGUUUGUUACAGCAGUGGAGCCGAAUAUGUUAUCAUUCUUAGGAGCAGCACUUGGAAGGACGUGUGAUAUGCAUCCCACAAAGAACAGGUAUAUCUCAAGACAUAACCAAAUUGAGGUUUUUACACAAGAGAUAGAAGAAGGAUAGAGGAGGAUGUAAC